AUGGAACGAUCCACCAAAUUGGGUGGAGUGCAAUCCUCUACUGCCACAAAUUGUCUGAAUCGAUUGCACAGACGUCCUGUUGAUCCUUUAAUCUCAAGCAUAACGUCCCGCACUGGGAUACAGCCAGAUCAUCUCCACGGAGGAUAUGAGCCUGGACACCGUGUCAACUCUCAGGUUCCCACUGAACAAUACGAACCACAGCAACCGCCUCUCGAGUAUGAUCCCGUUUUAUAUCAGAAAGCUAGUUGUAAAGCUAUCUUGAACCUGCUAUGUUUCGUGGACUUCCGCGCUAAAACCUGGGUGUGUCCUUUCUGUAACCAGAGGAAUCCAUUUCCUGCUCACUAUGCCGCAAUCGCUGUGGAUAAUCGACCACCCGAACUGUAUCCGCAGUUUACAACGAUAGAAUACACGCUGAAGAAAGCUACCACAAUGCCGCCAAUCUUCAUGAAAGCUUGCAGCUCUGUCACUGCUUCCCGCCGAUGCUAUGAUUGGCAUAAUUACUUAUGGUCGAAUGGUUCAGCUGCACGAACUUAACGUACAAGGAAUCAGCCGAAGUUUUGUAUUCAUUCCUUUGCUUUGUGCUGAUCAACGGCAGUGCCUUUGAGCUUGUGAAGAGAGGGAAUCCCACCUAUUCAUCCUUUGGAAGGGAUAUUUGCACGGGUGAUCAUAAGGGAUGAGUUUUAGAUAGUGGUUACGAUUUGCAAUAUACAAUUUUGUCAUCAAUGAAAUACUUUUAGCCUGUCGCCCUAGCUUUUUCGCUCACUCCGUGAGUUCUGCACGCUUUCUUUUUAUUUUAACGUAAACGUCCGAGCUGUGAUUCGUCUAUCAUAUUUUAGUAAUUUAUUAUUCUCAUUCCUUAUAAGUUGUGAUUGUGAUGCUCAUCUGGAUGAUUAAAUAUUGUGAUCCUGCCUUCGGUAGGACUAUCUAGUUCUUAUGAGUUCCUCACCAGCUCUACUUUUGAGUAUCUUGUUUUACUAGUUCUAUUCGGUCAUCGCAAUCAUAACAAAUACUGAUUGUCUGUUAGCGGUGCUGAUGACAGUGAACUGACGAAUCUUUGAUGUGAGAGC